AUGGAUACAACAACAGUUUCAACAAGCUCACGAAUGAAUACUGAUCAAUUUGGUGUACAAUUAAAACAUGCUUGUUUGUUAUUUCGAUUUUAUUCAAGUAUUAUUCUUGUUAUUGUUGGUAUGAUUGGUUCUUUAUUAUCAAUAAAAGUAUUUUCAUCAACAAAAAUUCGACGAAAUUCAUCUAAUGAAUAUCUUAUAACUAUGAGUUUUAUUGUGGCUUUACUUCUAUUUAAUUUCUUUUGUGAUGAAGUACUUCGAUCAAUUGUACAUGACUUUAAAGUUGAUUUGCCAUUAAAUCUUGUUGACUUAUCAGGUCCACUUUGUAAAUGUUCAACAUAUUUUCGUCAUACAUUACGUUUUGCUGCUCAUUGGAUCGUUGUAGCUUUUACAUUAGAACGUCUUAUUGUUGUUUAUUUUCCUCUACAAACAUCUGUUUUAUGUAAUCCACGUUGUGCUCGACGAAUCUGUUUAUUUAUAUUGAUCAUAUCAUUUUUAUUACCAAUUUAUUCAUUUAUUAUGUCCGAUGUACAUAUGAAUGAAGAUCAACAAUUACCUGAAUGUGAUAUAAUGGAAAAAUUUAAUCGAAUUUAUUUUUAUUUAACUAUUAUUUAUGGAAAUUUAACAUUAACAUUUCCAAUAUUUAUUGUUUGUAUUGUAAAUAUAUUAACUGUUCGACAAUUAUUACGUGCAGGACGUUUACGAAAAAAACAACAACAAUUAAGGCAAACAAAAAGAUUUGAAAGUUCAAGUAAAGAAUAUGUAAAUAUGAUUGUUAAAAAUCAAUUAGAAAAUGAUAAAGUAACAUGGAUGCUUGUUGUUAUAUCAAUAACAUUUGGUAUAUUAAAUUUUCCUUAUUUCAUUCUAUGGUUAAUUUCAUGUCUAAGAAGUGUACGCGGUAAACCUCCAUCAGCAUAUCUUGAUUCUGCAAAAAUGGUAGCCGAAGUUUUUUAUUUACUCAAUUAUAGUCUAUAUUUUUUUCUCUAUGUUAUAUCGCGAAGAAGUUUUCGUAAAGUUUUAAUUGAAAAAAUGCGUUGGCGUUGUGAUUGUUUUGAUCAAUGGCGUUUAAAUGAAAUGCGUAUUGAUGCAACAUUACGUUCACAACAAUCACCAAAACAAACAACAAUACGAAAUGGACCACAUAAUACAAGUAUAACAAGUCGAACAUCAAUAACACAUUUACGAACUAGUUCAACACGUUGUGUAAAACUAAAUCAUAGUCGAAAAAUUUUCAAUAAUGAUUCGCCAAAUUCAGUAAUCAUAAAUGAUCAAACGAACGGUAGAGAUUCGUGUGAUUUGGCUAAUAUUGUAUAA